AGGUUCUCCCUCUGAGAUCGUUUUGUUCAGGGCGUGUCUCCUAGGUGUGACUGUGUAUUUGACCAUAGGCCAUCAGACGCUGAAACAGCAGAGUAAAACAGUCCGCCCCGCCCUCGUAUAACAGAAAAAAAAAAAAGAAGCGUCGAAAGGUGACAAAUCGACUAUUAGCGACAUCCAAGAACAUUUGUCAUUAUUUGAACAAGAGAGCAACUCCAAGUGGACUUUUUCCGAGUCGGUCCGGGACAAAGUCCGACAACCUUUCCUCUAAAAUGACAAAGUGUUUCAUUUAUCCUGUCUUCUCGCUGCUGAUCCUUUCCUGCGUGGAGUCAUGUUAUAUUCCUAACUCUCUCUACGUCUUUUCGCCACAAACCAUUCCAGCUGGAUACCAGAUCACAAAAGUUGAAGCUGUCGACUGUGACUCCAAGACACUCCAUUUAACUGUGGAGGACCCUAGUUUUACAAUCCAGAGCAAUGGGUUAAUAGAAGCUCGUAUUCCAGUCACUGUGGCAACCACAGGGCGGACAUUUUCUGUGACGGCUCAGGACAAUAGUGGGCCGGGAAGUGAGAUGAAAGUUCACCUUGUCUGCAGUGCAAAGCAGGAGACAAAUGAAAAUGGCCAGGCCAUUUUGAAGCGCACCAAAAGACGCUGGGGUCCUCCACCCCUCAACAUAUUGGAGAAUGACAAAGGUCCUUUUCCUAAACACCUCGAAACCAUUGUGUCAGAUUCAAAUCUUAAUCACAUUGUGUACUACACCAUUGAAGGACCUGGAGUGAACAAAUUCCCAUUUGAAAUCUUCAGUCUGAACAAGGAUAGUGGUGUACUGACAGUGCACCAGACAUUGGAUCGAGAACAGUAUCCACAAUUUAUACUAAGGAUCAAUGCUUUGGACAGCAAAACCCACGAGCCAAGAGACUUACCUUUGGACAUUAUUGUAGCAGUGGAUGAUGUAAACGAUAAUAAGCCAGAGUUUCAAGGCAAGCUUGAGUUUACUGUGCCCGAGCAAACCAAAGAUUUGGUAGUGGGGAAAGUGAAUGCCACAGACAGAGAUGAUCCCAACACAGACCAUGUGAAGAUCAAAUUCACGCUCAAGGAUGGGUUGGAAUAUUUUGCCAUAAACCCAGAUACGGGUGUCAUCACCACAGUCUCCAACAAACUGGACCGAGAGACUAAAGACACGCAUAGGGUGACUGUGGAGAUCAGGGAUUUGAAGGGUGCCCCACAUGGCCUUUUUAACACAGCUACGGCAACAAUCACCUUGGCUGACAUUAACGACAACCCACCAACUUUCACCCAAACAUCCCAGUAUAAAGCCACCAUUUCAGAAAAUGAGGGUGAAAAAUUUAUCCUGAGAAUUCCCAUGGAAGACAAAGACUUAAUUAAAACACCCAACUGGAUUUCCAAAUUUGUCAUCACGAAAGGAAAUGAAAAUGGAAAUUUCAGGAUUGACACUGAUCCCGAAACAAAUGGUGGGCUUCUCUAUGUUACAAAGCCCUUAGAUUAUGAGAAGACUAGCAAUGUGAUGCUUGAGAUUUCCGGCCAAAACCAAGCAAACCUGAGCGGCACCACCGCCCAGUGGAUGUCCAUCCCGGUGGACGUCACUGUUAUCAACACCGAUGAAGGCCCACAAUUCUUCCCUCCUACCAUUCGCUACAAUGUCAAAGAGAACACACCAAACGGCACACUGAUAGGAACGUACAAAGCUGUAGAUCCGGAGACCAAGAGCGACAACGGGAUAAUGUAUUACAAGAUAAGUGACCCAGGAUCAUGGGUUGGAGUGAACAAAAAUACAGGAGAGCUGACAGUUACAAACACAAUCGACAGAGAGUCCCCUCUUGUCCAGGAUGGAAUAUACAACAUCACCGUGAGGGCUGUUGAUGCCACCUCCAAAUCAGGAAUAGGAACAGUUAUCCUUGUAAUUGAGGAUGAAAAUGACAACAAGCCAUCGAUUCCAGCAGAACUGAGGAUGUGUGAGCAAACAGAUGACCGGCUGGGCUCCCUGGUGGUUGUGGCUGAAGACAAUGACUUCAGCCCAUUUUCUGCACCCUUCAUCUUUAGCAUGCCACCUGUCCAUGAUGGCAAUUGGGAUAUAGAACCACAUAAUGAUACGGCCAUGUUGUUGAGGCAGAAGAAAAAACUUCCGACAGGGAUUUACGAGGUCUCCAUCAUUGUCCAAGAUCAGCAAGGAUUUGGUGGAAAACAGACGGCAAAAAUGAGGAUCUGCCACUGCUUAAAUGGAGCAUGCAUAGACAAAGCUCGCUCUGUGGUUUUGGGGCCACUGGGUAUUCUGGCCUUGCUGUUACCUCUCUUCCUCCUGCUCCUGCUCGGUUUGCUCCUUUUCUUUUACUGCUCUUCAAAAUCAGAGAAGAUCCUACUUGAUGAUACGGGAUACAGUAGUGGAAUCCUACUUCCAUCAAACACAGAGGCCCUCGGCGACCAAGUGGAUUCCAAUAUUAUGUUUCUUUCCAAAACUGGGUUUGAGCAGGCAGUAAAAGGUUCAGUCAAGGGCUCUAUGGUGAAUGCCGGAUGGCUCGGAAACAAGAGCACAAGCACAAUCGGAGGGUACAGUGUACAUGACAAUGGAUUCCAACAGAACUCCGGUCUUAACACAAUGAAUAAGCACACCCUCUCCUCUAGCCAGUUUGGACAGUAUGGUCAGCAUGUUGAAAGUCAGGUUUUUGGCAACAGCAUGGAUCGUGCUCACUUCGGCCAGGAGUCAACUCAGUUUAGAAAUUGGCUGACAAAUGGACUUUAUCUGGAAGAGAAACUUGAAUACCUGGGGACCGAGGGGAACGAACGCUUCGCCAAUGACCUAAUCCACUCCUAUGGUUACGAGGGGCUGGGCUCUGUCGCAGGAUCCGUGGGAUGCUGCAGCGAAAACGACGACGAAGGGAACCUUGACUUUUUGGACACACUCGGGCCAAAGUUCAAAACCCUCGCUGAAAUCACCACGAAGAGAUGAACAAAGACAAUAAAGCAGUGUUUACUUUUCAUUGUAUAAUAUUUAGAAUAAGAUUAAGAUGUGGUAUGGCCAUGGAUGUUGAUCAUGUUUGUGUUUCUUUUUGUUGUUUUAUGCUGUUUUUUUAUUAUUAGAUUUUUUUUUUCUUUCUUGGUAGAAGUCUUUUGCACUGAAAACAAAGCAGAUGUUAGUUUUACUUGAUUUGCGUUAUGCAUUCCUGUGUGGAAUUUACAUCUAUAGCCUUGGUUUUGUUCACAUAAGAAUUUUUAUGAAGAGCUUUUAUUAAUCUCAUGUUCUGAUAGUAAAGGUGCAUUUUUGUAGUUAUGUAUUUACCAUUUUCUGUAUAGUUUCAGAUAUAUUUUAUUUGCUGACAUUUCACAGUGUUCAAUACAUGAACCAGUUUUUUAACCCAUGCUUAACACAUGCAGAUUCUGUUCUGCUUUUGGUGAUUUUCCUCUGCAAGCUUUUCCAAUUUCUUUGUUUCAUGGAAUAAUUAUGUAUGCAGGCGCUUUCCAGCCAAAAAGGCAUGUGUUUACAGUUGACUGGGUGUAGUUUCUGCUGAGUGUCAGAGGGAUUAUUGCAACAUUCUGAGACAUCUAGCUUGCGAAAGCCAACACAAGGGCGUGAACAGGAGUGGUGGGGUGUGAGAAUGCUGUCGACUGAAAGCAAGACUGUCCAGACAUAUGCAAGGUCAGAAACUUCAUAAAAAUUAACAUUAACCAAGGGAUCAGAUGUUUAUUGUUAGGUAAUUUGAUUUAAUAAUACAUUUUUGGAAUAUUCCACAGGAUAAAUGUUUUGGUUUUGUUAAAUUGAGUUUUGAACGAGCUGAAAAGAACAGUAAAUUCAAGUAAAAUCUGAAGCAAGAAAAACCCUCAUGCUUCAUCUUCCAACUUGUAAUUCUCCUGACUGUGUGAGAGUUUUGUGGAACAGAAUCUCCAGGUUGAAGCGGGUGCUCAGGUCACUUAGGUUCUGUGUGCUUUGGUAAAUGAUUCACUGGGUGUGGCACUAAACAACACAGCCAAGUCCCAUGGCAACAAGCUAAUAUACCUGCCAAACAAGUUGGUUCACAAACAUUUUUAAAACUUCCCUGUGUUUUUGCCACUAGCUUCUCAGUAUUACAAUAUUUGCAACACAUUUUCUGAAACAAUUACUAAUUUCUUUUGUAGCUUGUAAGAUAAUCUCAUUCACUUUUUUAAACAGAAGCUUUUGCUGUAAUGCAUGUCAUUUUAAAGAUAAAUAAAACCAUGUAGUAAAUUAUUCAGACAUAUGCUAAUAUACUCUUUACACUCUCAUUACUCUGCAUAUGAACACAAAUAAAAAAAAUGAAUUAAAAUACACUCUCAACAUUGAUGUUUUCUGAUAUGAAUUAUAGGGCUCAUCACCCAGAGCAGCUUGGUAUGGGGAGGGGGCAUCAUGAGAUCUUGGAAAAAAAUACUUUCAUUUGUCUGUUGUGCCCUUUACAAGUUUUUCAUUUCUGUUUUGCACAUCCACUCAAUGGGGAGUGGGUGUCCCACAGUGUAACCACAUUUAAGAAAACAUGGCUGCUAACUAAUAACACUCAAGUUGUUUUGUGAUUUGUAUCUUCUCAUUGCACUGAAUUAAAGACAUUUUACUGCAAUUCUGGAAUAAAUACAUAAUUCUUAUUACA